GGAGGGGUGUAAGGAAUGCCGUCUCCAUGGUGACAGGCGCUGAGUGAGUUGCAGAACAACUCAGAAGUGACUUGAGGAAGUGACAAAACUGGGGACGAGUUCUGCGGGCCGCCUGUGUUGCGACAUUGUCUGUCACAGAGAUUGUGUACAGCCCGAAGACAAUGGAAACAGAACCAGAAGAUGUAAUGCCAGAAUCGGCAUUUGAGAAGGACCCAUUCCAAAUGACAGUGGAAGAUGUGUAUGAUAUCUCCCAUGUGAUAGGCCAAGAUCUUCUGAAGAUCACUAAAGAGACUCGUGGGGUAUCGGACAUUGUAGCUGAUCUUCAGUUCAAGAUUGUGCGUGUUUUGGAGGUCCUGGAGACUUUGGUGAACCAGUCAAGUCUUACUGUAGAGGAGCUCAAGAUGGAACGUGAUAACCUAAAAGCGGAGGUUGAAAGGCUACUAAGAGAAGGCUCAGAGCAUGGACAGACAGAUCUUGGGCCAGACAAAAUGAUCAUUGAUCUGACAGAUCCAAACCGGCCACGGUUUACCCUGCAGGAGCUGAGAGAAGUGCUACAAGAGCGCAACAAGCUGAAGGUCCAGCUCUUGGUUGCUCAGGACGAGUUGCAGUGUUAUAAAAGUGGUGUCAUUCCUCCAACUGAGGACCAAAUUAUUAUGCUGGAGAACGAAUCCAUAAUUACCACAUCUCCAAGGUCAAAUGAAGGCAACAAAGAGAAGUCAUCAGUGAAACGCCUGUUCUCGUUUAAACAAGCACAGUAA